GCCCUCCCCAGGAUGCAAUGGCGCAGCCCCCCCGGCUGAGCCGCUCUGGGGCGCCCGCACUUUGGGACCCAGCUUCCCCUGGCCCCACUUCGGGCCCCAGGCCUCGACUUUGGGAAGGUCAAGAUGUACUGGCCAGAUGGACCGAUGGGCUGCUGUACUUGGGCACCAUCAAGAAGGUGGACAGUGCUCGGGAGGUGUGUCUGGUCCAGUUUGAGGACGAUUCCCAGUUUCUGGUUCUAUGGAAAGACAUUAGCCCUGCCGCCCUCCCUGGGGAGGAACUCCUCUGCUGUGUCUGUCGCUCCGAGACUGUGGUCCCUGGGAACCGGCUGGUCAGCUGUGAGAAGUGUCGCCACGCUUAUCACCAGGACUGUCACGUCCCCAGGGCUCCAGCCCCUGGAGAAGGAGAGGGCGCAUCCUGGGUCUGCCGCCAGUGUGUCUUUGCAAUCGCCACUAAGAGGGGAGGCGCACUGAAGAAGGGCCCCUACGCCAGGGCCAUGCUGGGUAUGAAGCUCUCUCUGCCGUAUGGACUAAAGGGGCUGGACUGGGACGCUGGACAUCUGAGCAACAGGCAGCAGAGCUACUGUUACUGUGGUGGCCCUGGGGAGUGGAACCUGAAAAUGCUGCAGUGCCGGAGCUGCCUGCAGUGGUUCCAUGAGGCCUGCACCCAGUGUCUGAGCAAGCCCCUCCUCUAUGGGGACAGGUUCUAUGAGUUUGAAUGCUGUGUGUGUCGGGGGGGCCCUGAGAAGGUCCGGCGGCUACAGCUUCGCUGGGUGGACGUGGCCCAUCUUGUCCUCUACCACCUCAGCGUUUGCUGUAAGAAGAAAUACUUCGAUUUUGACCGCGAGAUCCUUCCCUUCACCUCUGAGAAUUGGGACAGUCUGCUUCUGGGAGAGCUUUCAGACACUCCCAAGGGAGAACGUUCUUCCAAGCUCCUCUCAGCUCUCAACAGCCACAAAGACCGUUUCAUUUCAGGAAGAGAGAUUAAGAAGAGGAAAUGUCUGUUUGGUCUCCAUGCUCGGACUCCUCCACCUGUGGAGUCCCCUACUGGAGAUGGAGCCCCCACCAGCUUCCCUUCAGGGCAGGGCCCUGGGGGAGGGGUCUCACGUCCCCUGGGGAAGCGCCGGAGGCCGGAGCCAGAGCCCCUGAGGAAGAGGCAGAAGGGGAAGGCAGAGGAGCUGGGGCCACCCUCAGCAGUGCGCAAUCGGCCCGAGCCCCAGGAGCAGAGGGAGCGGGCACGUCUGCACAGGGCACUGCAGGCCUCAGUGUCUCCACCACCACCCAGCCCUAACCAGAGUUACCAAGGCAGCAGCGGCUACAACUUCCGGCCCACAGAUGCCCGCUGCCUGCCCAGCCCCAUCCGGAUGUUCGCUUCCUUCCACCCUUCUGCCAGCACUGCAGGGACCUCUGGGGAUGGCGAACCCCCAGACAGGUCACCCCUGGAACUUCACAUUGGUCUCCCCACGGACAUCCCUAAAAGUGCACCCCACUCAAUGACUGCCUCAUCUUCCUCAGUCCCAGCCCCUUCCCAAGGUCUUCCUAGACGCCCAGCACCCCCUUCUCCCUUGUGCCGUAGUCUGUCUCCUGGGACUGGGGGAGGAGUCCGAGGUGGGGUUGGCUACUUGUCCCGAGGGGACCCUGUCCGGGUCCUUGCUCGGAGAGUACGGCCUGAUGGCUCUGUGCAGUACCUGGUUGAGUGGGGAGGAGGGGGCAUCUUCUGAAUGGUCUGCCCCUGCCCACCUCUCCAUUCAUACACACCGGCACUUUCAUACCCUGACCUCUGAGCUCACCUACAGCUGGGAUGUACCUGGAGAGAGGGGGUGGUUCUCCCUACUGUCCAGGCUGGAAUCCAGGUGGGGUUGGGGAAGAGGUUCUCUCUUCUCUGUCAUACCCCCUUCAUGAUUCCUGACUCCCCCAUCCUUCUUCCCAUUUCCUUUGAUGUUAUUUUGUUACAGCUUUUAAAAUAUUUUUUAAAAUUAUUUAACCCCUGGGUGCACACACUGAGGGGGCGGGGGAUGAUAAGGGAUCCUGGACUCUGUAUGAUUGAAAUAAAGAGAAAUAAACUCCUC